GGAGGGCGGGCCCUCGGGAUGCGGUUCGGUCGUAGCCUGGGAAGGGGCUCAAUGAACUGGGCCGCACUCUCCUGCCACUGCGCCGUCGGUCAUGAAAGCCACGUGUCCUAGAAUGGCCGCUGGGACUGCGUCUUGGUGCCGGUCCGUCCGGGGCGCCGCACAGUCUAGCAGCUGCCUUCUGAGCGGAGCUGCAGGGCUCUUCCCGGUGGCAGCCGAACUUGCUUUUCCUGUGGUUGCACCCAGCUGUAAAUAGCAGAGGUGUAUUAAAAGUUUCCGUCCCCGCACUCUAUGAUGACGACCUUUAAUGCAGCACAGCCCCAAAUCAAGCGUAUUCCAGGAAUUCAGAUCCAGGCGAACCUUCUUGUCCUCUUUAUAAUACCAGACACUGGCGGUAAUUUGCUCAGCUGCAUGACUUAACAUUUAAAUUGAGCAGGUGUUUUUUUAAAAUAUUUGUGGACACAAUCUUGUGCAUUAGCAUUCCUAGAUCAGGAACCAUCUUUCCUGAUACAUGUAUGCUCCGCUAAUAUAAAGACCUCUAUGCAUUUUUGCUGAACGACUUUUGUGCCUUUCAAGAUGAUUUUUUUUUAGGUCACUUGUUCUUAUAAAUCGCUGGCUGCUAAUUACAUGAAAGCAAUAUCUAGUUAGUUCAAGAGGAGUAAUGAGCCUUUACAUGCAGUGUCCAAGCUAGUAGUCAUUCAUCAAAUGUAGCUGGCCGUAUGUUUUUAUUCAUCCAAAGUGAUAUAAAACUAGCCAAAGCAUUGGGCCCCCCCCCCCCCUUAAGCCUAAAACCAAGUGUGUCACCCUGGAGAUAAGCACUGGGAUAAUGUGGGCCGAGUGCUCCCUUGCUCUUAGAGCGCCUUAGUCAUUGCUUCAGAGGAGUCACACCAUGGACCCCGAAGCCUCUGAACAAGGUGGCGACGACAAGAACACUUCUGUCUGUGUUGGCCGAGAGGAUGACAUUAGAAAGUCGGAAAGAAUGACAGCUGUUGUCCAUGACAGAGAAGUGGUCAUUUUCUACCACAAAGGGGAAUAUCAUGCUAUGGACAUUCGCUGCUACCAUUCUGGAGGACCCUUACACUUGGGAGAAAUUGAGAUUUAUAAUCUAUGUGGAAUCGCCAUGAGGCCACACCAGCUCCCAGAUAUCCUUGCUUAUUGCUGUCAACAAAUGCUUUCUACUUCUGUAAGAACUCAUCCCCAAGGAAAUGGAUUCCCUCUAAUGUAUCUCUGUAAAUCAGCAUGGAGAAUGUCUCAGCUUCCCUGGGAACUGAAUCAAAGGUCACAGAAGGCACAGCCUUUGACUUGGGCUCAUGGCUGCAGAGGGCAAGCAUGCAGGGAAAGAGUGGGAGAAGGAAAAGCAGGUCUACUCCAACAAGAUGUCUCUUUGUAGAAGAAAAGACUCGUUUGUGCCUAAAGAAAGGUCUGUGCCGAACCAGCAGGGAGUCACAUGAAACAAAAUGAAAGAGGUGUCUGUAGGAAAUAGUACUUUGUUUCACUACACAGUUCCCUGGAUUUAUUCUCUUAUUUAAAGGCAAUUAAAAUGAUUAGUUUCAAAAUUAAUUAUGUGGAUACCUGUUACACUUGUAAGUAAUUAAUUUUGUGUAUUGCCUAAGGAUUGCUGUUUUCAAUAUCAUACUGCUUUCGAUUUCUGUAACAAAUCGUCCCCAUAGGAAACAUUUCCUCCAAAAUUUAUGUGGUGCCUAGCAAGCAGCAUUUUUUCAGAUUUAUGGCUCACGUGAAGUGGUUUGGAUAAGAAUGGCCCCCAUAGGUUAAAAUAGUUGAGUGCUUAGCCAUCAGGGAGUGGCACUAUUUGAGAAGGAGUAGAAGGUGUGGCCUUGCUGGAGUGAGUGUGUCAUUGGGGAUGGGCUUUGAGGUUUCAAAAGUCCAUGCCAGACCCAGUUUCUCUUUCUUGGCCUGUAGUUCAGGAUCUUAGCAACUUCCCCAGCACCUUGCCUCCAUGCCACUGUGUUCCCUGCUAUGAUGCAGCUGCACUAAGCCCUAAAACUGUAAGCCCAACGAACUGCUUUCCUUUGUAAGAGUCUUCUUGGUCAUGGUGUCUUCGCGGAACACUGCAUGCUUUCUUAAUAUUAUAAACCACCUUGCUUUGCUUCUGCCUUUUAGCAGGAGUAGCAUAUAGAAAAACUAAAAUAAUAAGCAGGAAAUGUUUGGAAAAAUAGGAGUCUUUGUUUACAUUUUCUUGGCCUACCAGAAAUAUUUUAUCUUACAUUUGUUUUAUUAAUUUUAUUUAUUUACAUAUUUGAAUUAAAGUACAGUAUCAAUGCUACGUCAAUAUUUUUAGUUUGGUUACAUUAAUAUGCACAAUAUAUACAGUUUAAGACAUGAACCGAGUUCAACCUUUCCACUCCUUUCACAUAUUAUGUCUCAUCUUAUAAAGAACCACGUCUGUUCAUUUUCUUUUCACUAAUAAUGACAUAAAUCACAAGAAAGUCAUGUUUGAGCAGCUGAGAAAAUAAAGAUCCAAUUAUACAUAAUUGUAGGGUGAAGAGUUACCAGACCUGACUUCAUAUUGCUCAGAAUCAACUUGCUGAGGACAGGGGAAGAGUUCGGUACUAAGUUCUCUCUCUGUGACUAAUGAACAAACGUAAACCGUGCUGUCCACUGUUAAGAGGGAGGCCCAGGAAGAAAGUUUCCUAUCAGUUGGUAAAAGCUGUAUGGCCAUGUCUUUGUGCAAUAACUCACCGCCACACUUACAAGAAACUUUCCUAGCACUAUACUUUUCUAGUAUAGAAAGCUUGGCUCAGCAUCUUGAGGAACAUUAUUCGUGAGAAAGUUUUUAUUCAGGUGGUCCAGUAGAGCUCAGAGGCCUUCUCCUUUUGGUCAGCUUGGAGGAAUAUGUCUUUGAAAAGUUCUUGUUGGGAAAUGGCUUUUCCCAGAUCCAAAUCACACCUGCUUGUUAGUCUUGUGGCAGGCCCAUCACCCACAGAGCUGAUAUUUGUAAAUGUGCAUUUUAAUUCUUAACUGGAGUACACCCUGCAGGGUGCAGGGAAGGCGGAAGGCGGGGGAGGGGUAGAGUUCAGUGGGCUUGAAAGAAAUCUCCUGGCAGCAAAGGGGCUGAGGUUCACCCGGUUUUGCCCACAUCUUGCUCUCUACCCCCCAUGUUGCCUCUGCACAAGAGAAACAGUCAUCUCAUCCUCUCAGCCCAGGAAGACCUUUCAGUUCUGUGGCCCCACAUUAACUGGCCUUCCAGAAUCAACAGCUCUGUCUGAAACUGCCGCGCCUUGGCUGAAGUCAGCAUCUAAGCUGACUAUCUAGGUCACUGCAGCAAGAGCAGCUGCAGGCUGAAGUACUGGUGCUAGGGAUGCCGGAAACCUCCAGGGCCUCCUCCACUAGGGGUUUGCAUUCCUGAGGCUCAACAUUAUCAGCUGCUCUUCCAUCCCUGCGGUCUCACCUCAGCAGAAGCUGGGAGAGUUUGGGGAGUCUAUCUGUACAGUCAGGUUCAAAACCUCUGUGCUCAGGUCAGUCUGACCUUUGGAAAUUCUUUAGGUAACGUGUUUGGAUUGGGUCUUAGGCAGAUCAUGUUUUGUACAUAUUUUUUUGUUUUAAACAAUAAAACAAUAAAACCAAAAUAUGUUUUGGACAUAUUUUAAAGGCCCCAGAUCUGACCAUCCAUUGUAAAGGCCUAGGUGUCUUAGGGGCUCUGGGCCAGCAACAUCCAGUAAAGGAAACCAUUACUGCAGAUUUUAUGUUAGAGUUUUCCUGUACCAAAGGGCUCAAAUAUCAGUCUAGUUACAUCAUCACUGUGCUAAUGAGAAUGUGAAAGACCUGGAUAAAUCCAGAUCCCCCUAGCAGGAAAAUAGAGCCAAAAAUCUAGCAGGAAGAGAAGAAUCAGAAAUCUAGGA